AUGUCCUCCCCCGCCUCCCCCCUCGACCGUCUCGUGUCCCAAUAUUACCAACAGCUCGAACUCCCCUCUCUCGCUCUCCCCGACAAUGCCACGCUCCUCACUCCCACCACACAACAUGCCCUCUACAACCGCAUGUUCAACGAUUUCGACCCCGCCCUCUGGCCGCUGCCCCCGGCCCAUUAUCGCAUGCGCGUGCUCAAAUUGAUCAUCGCCCGCCUUGAGCAAUCACUUACCAAUCCGGAGGAGGAUGAAAUCAUCGACGACCUCCUCGAAACAUGGGGCACCUUACUCACGCACCCCAAACCCUCCGCCAUCGAACAAGCCCAACAACUCACCUAUAUCAAAUACACCGCCCCGCCGCCGCACCAUCACCCAACCAGCGAUUCCGCUCCCGCCGACCCGACACAACAUGAACAACAACAACAACGAACCACCAUCACCUCCGAAUCCCGCGGCCUGAUCCUCUCCGCAGGCACCACGGGAUUUCGCACCUGGGAAGCCGCCCUCCACCUGGGGACCUACCUCGCGACGGACCCGACCGCCGCCCGCGCCGGGAUCGCCGGGAAGCGGGUGAUCGAGCUCGGCGCGGGCACGGGAUUCCUGGGCAUGUUCUGCGCGCAGCACCUCCAGCCGCGGUCCGUGGUCGUGACCGAUCGCGAGAUCGCCCUGAUCGAGCAGAUCCAGGAUUGUGCGGGGCGGAAUGGACUGGUGGGUGAGGACGAGGACGACACACCCGGUAAACGGUUCGCGGCGGGGAUCUGGGAGUGGGGGACUCCGUUGGAUAUUCCCGGGCUGGGCGAUGGUGAAGCGAAGGGUCUUAAGUUCGAUGUCGCGUUGGGCGCGGAUCUGAUCUACGAUGUUGACCUUGUUCCCCUCCUUGUCGCGACCAUUCAGGACCUCUUCACCAACUAUGGUCUACAGCAAUUUAUCAUCUCCGCCACGUUGCGAAACGAGGAUACUUUCCGCACGUUUUUGAGAGCUUGUGAAGCUCAAGAUUUCACUGUCGAGCAGAUCCCAUUCACAUCACCUCCCGAGGCAGAGCAGAAGGGCUUCUAUCAUUCUACGGCGAUCCCAAUCCAUAUUUAUCGGAUCACAAGACCGACAGCCUAG